ACCAAGUCCAAAUUCGACCUGACGACAAAGGGAUGCCAUGAGUAGCAGCCUGAUACUGGGAGUGCUUGGCGGAAUGGCCAUUUUUCUGGCUGUGUUCCUGGUUCUUCAGUGCUGCUUUGUCAAGGACCGGGACAGCAAGUCUGGGGUUCUUUGCUUCCGGUGGAAGGGGAGCUUAUUCAAGAAAAAGUCCGCAGAUUCUGAGACCAGCCAAUUCGUCAGGUGGAAAUCGGGAACUGAGAGACUACCGGAUCCAAAGUCGAGCGGAACUGUCGAAAUCAACGAAAGACCCCCUGACCCCUGCGUCUCCUACAGGAGAUCCUACCUUCCAAACAAUGAGGUUGCUGCUGCUGCAUUCUACGGCAGCUUCCACAACGACUGUCUGACGUCACGUUCUGCACCACCACCACCACCAUCACCACCACCAGCAACGCUGCUACUUGUCGAGAAGGGGUUUAAAGAGGACAACAUUUAUGUCACCCCCCAAAAUUCACCUCCCAUUAAUUCUCCUUUUACAACUCCACCGGAGUCUGUCGCCGAUGAAAAGGAGCAGGAGGAAAAAGAUCCGAUCAGAUUCACGUAAAAAAGACAUUUCACAAUGAUUGUUUCUACUUACAUGUGAAUCAUGAAUGUUCCCACAGCUGUUGUGGAAAUGUGUGUUUGUGUGAUUAUGUCUUUGCGUAAACUAAGAGUAUGGCUGGGAGAGCUUACUCAGCAUCCAGAGGGUCAACUUUUUAAACGCCAGAAAACCCUUUACUCAGGUUAUUCAAACAGCAUUUUUGUCACUUGACCAUUUUGUACAUUUUGUACU